AUGGUGGCGCGGGUGAGGGAGAGGGUUCGGGUGGAGAUUGGGUAUACGUGCUCGGCGGGGAUUGCGGGGAAUAAGAUGUUGGCCAAGUUGGGGAGCGGGUAUAAAAAGCCAAACUCGCAGACCGUAGUCCGCCCCGGCGCAGCCCAAAAGUUCCUCAACACCCUCGAGUUCACAAAAAUCCGCAACCUCGGCGGCAAACUCGGCACGCACAUCUCCACCGCCUUCCACACCUCCUCCCUCUCCGCCCUCUCCGCCCUGCCACUCAGCGCCCUCGCCGCAAAGCUCCCACCCGACGACGCAACCUGGCUCCACAACACCCUGCGCGGCAUCGACCGCUCCGACGUCAACCCGCGCACCGCGCUCAAGUCCAUGCUCUCCGCAAAGUCGUUCCGCCCGCCCCUCGCGAGCGCAGAGCAGGCGCGUCUGUGGCUGCGCGUGUUUGUGGCCGACAUUCAUGCACGCCUUGUGGACGAGGAGGGGCGGCGCCCGACGGUCAUGACGGUGAUGCACCGUGGAGUGGGGGUGGUGGGGAAGACGCGGCAGGGGGCGGUGCCGGCGAGGGAGGUGGGCGCGGAGGGGCUGCUGGGCGUGGCGGAGGGGUUGUGGAGGGGGGUGGUGGCGGAGGGGGGGGCGUUGCCGUGUGCGGGGUUGAGUGUGCAGGUGGGGGGGUUCGAGGAGCGGGAGGGGGGGAAUAGAGGUAUUGCGGGGUUUUUGGUGAAGAGGGUGGCGGAGGCGGUGGGGGGGGAGAGGGGGGCGAAGAGGAGGAGGGGGGAGGAGGAGGUGGAAGGGGAGGGGGGGCUUGAAGAGGAAGCUUUGGCGGUGCCGCAGCUAUCGCCCCCGCCCGCUCCCCGCGUAGGACCCGGAUCCUCAAGUAAUGACCAGGCACCACCCGCACUCCCGCCUCCUACCGCACCCCCGCCACCGUCACCGCCGGAAGAGACCUACACCUACACCUGCCCGCACUGCACCACCCCCACCCCCAUCCCCCUGCAGGAGCAGGCCGAGCACGAGGACUGGCACUUUGCAAAGGCCCUCGCCGCGCAGGACAAGGCUUCCCGCGCCUCACUACCACCGCCUCCUCCUCCUCCGCCGCCGCCGCCGCCGAGCAAGAAGGGCCCGAAGAAGAAGAAAGGAGGCGGCGGCGGCGGCGGCCUCGAGAAGGGGCAGAGGAGACUGGCGUUUGGAAAGAGUUAA